GGUGGUGCCGACUCCGACUCAGUUUCGUCGUCUACCGCCCUCAGUGUAACGCUAGACAUCAAUCGGGAAAGAUGUCGGCCGUAGUGGUGUUCGCGGUGUUCCUUCUCAUAUGCACCAUCUUGAAAUUCUUAAAUGUAACGAGCCCGCCCAGGCCGCCCCGACUCGUUUGCAGCGACUCGAAGUUUUUGGAAGUGAUUUUGAAGCACUGCCCCCACCUGAAGGAAACGUAUGUCCCUGUCAGGCUGUGGGGAAGCAGUGGUCACCUUCAAACGAUCGUUCACGCAACUGUGGGACGAACUUACUGCCCAAAUGUCCAGCCUCGACGAAUAGCUGUUCGACAAGAAGAUGGAGCCACUGUCACGUGGGAUGUCUACGAACCAACUGGACCUUCUCAGUUUGAGGAGGAUUAUACGAUUGCCGUGUGCCCCGGAAUAGCCAACAGUAGCGAGAGCACUUAUGUGAGAUCUCUCGUGGCUCUCGCCUGUUCACAAGGCUAUAGAUGUAUAGUCCUGAAUCAUUUAGGUGUUCUCCCUCACCUGAAAAUAACAAGCCCAAGGGUCUUCAGAUAUGGGCAAACUGAUGAAAUGCACUUGAUGUUAACCAAGUAUUUAGAAUCCAACCCAGAGACUAAGUUUCUGCUGGUAGGAUUUAGUAUGGGAGGUAAUAUCAUCACCAAAUAUCUUGGGGAGACCACAAGAUGUCGACCAAAGAACAUUGUAGGAGCCAUAGCUAUAUGCCAGGGAUAUGAUGCUUUGAGGGGCUUGCAGUCAUUACUUGGUUGGCACAAUCUUGCACGUAUCUACCUUUUCUCAAUGACAGAAAACAUGAGAUCUGUCAUCAUAAAGCACAAAGGAAUAUUAUUGACUGAAGAAGUCAAACGCAAGCACAAUAUUGAUGAACGCAGGGUACUCACAGCAGCCACUCUACCAGAACUAGAUGAAGUAUACACCAGGAGAAUAUUUGGAUUUCGUAGUGUGGAAGAGCUGUACAGGACAGACAGUUCAGCUAACUAUAUGCACAACAUUCAUGUGCCAAUAGUAUUCAUUAAUGCUAAAGAUGAUCCUCUGGUGCAUCCAGACUUGCUUUCUAUUCCAGAGUCUUUUGUCAGCACCCACAAGAACUCUUUAUACAUUGAAACAGAGCAUGGUGGUCAUUUGGGUUACUACGAUGAUGGCUACCUUAUACCACGAGCUGUAACAUGGCUCGAUCGAACCGUUUUAUCACUAGUCACUGCACUUGCUAGUAAUCAGUGAUCCUAGCGUACGAGAGUGUAAUACAAGGGAAGAACUUGAAGGUUUACAAAGAUACAGUAUAUAGACAAAUAUAGUCUACAGGUAUUUGAUGUGAAUUGGAUCUGCUUCCAUUCUUGGCUUUCUGUACACUUUAAUCUGUAUCUUAUUGUAUUAAUUCAUUACAAUAAUGUACGCACAUUGUGGCAUGUGGGUACGCACAUUGUGGCAUGUGGGUAGUCUUAAAAUGUGUGCUGAUGUACAUGUUCCACUCCAUGACUGUAGACAAUACAUUAUGGUUCUUUGGGUUCAUUUUUUCUCUUGCAUAUAGAACACCUUAAGGAUAAGCUGACAGUUGAAAGGCUUUUCAUUCCAGUGUCUUAUAUAAUUGCCAUAUAAGUUAAAUAGCUCAGAAAAUUUUCUCCUUAUUUUUUGGAAACUGAAAUAUUUGGGUAUGUAAAAAUGUGUUAUGGAAUUGGUUGUUACAUAAGGCACAUAGUUUCACUAGCAAUCGUCAGUAGUGAUUUGCUAGAUUUUCCUAGCAAUAGGAGUGUCUUUAAGGCCAUUGUUAUAUUCAUGUUGGCUGCAGAAGCCUGUAAUACAUGUUGAACAUGGUACUUCCAUCUGAUGUAGAAUUCAUAUAGGAUGAAUAAUAUCGUUAUGUUGGGCAAAGGCUCUUCCAUUGAAGAGUAAAUCUCAGCAUUGUGUCACUCACCAAAGAUGUAUGCAAAAUUGGGGCAGGCUUUUGGGUGUAGAAUAUGCCUUUCCCCUAGUAUUCCAGUCCAUUCCAUAAUUUAUUUAUUUAUUUUUUUGUCAUAUUAUUUAGGUAUGAUUUCAUUCCUGAUUUCAUAUGCUUUUUGACAAGGCUGUUUUGAAAUGUAAGACUUUUAUGUGAAUAUCCAAGCACAAAUGAGAUAUCAUAAAUAUAUGCACAAAGGAUGCUUAUUAAAGAGAUAAAAGUCUUUUGUUAAGAAAUGUUUUGCAGUGUAAUAAGCUCAAUGAUGGUAAGUUUGCAUUUUGUAUUGUGCAGCUUGAAGGUGGAAUACAUUUCAGGAUGAAGAACAUUCAUAGUAAAGCACAGUAUGGUGUGUCUGUUUCUUGUAUGGCAAUCAAAUAUUAAGGAACAUUUCAAGUCAAAGAUGGAAGACUCAAUUAGUAAAUUAUAGGGCUUUCUACAUAUUAGUUGGGGCCAGUCUCAAUGACUACAAAACCUUAACUUGGGAUUUUUAAAAAUUUGUGAUACUUCUAAAACUGUAUACAUGGAUCUCUUUAGGUAUAGUAUAAUGGGAUUUUGUCAGUUCUUUUCAGAUUUUUUUUAUUUGUGAUGAUAAAAGUUAUUUAUUAUUUACAUAAUCUAGUAAAGUUCCUCUACAUGGCAUUAAUUUGAAGAAGUGAGUUUUUGAUACUGUAUUUGAUUUUCAGUUUCUGCAUAUAUGCAUUAGGUAAUUCACUGUUUUGCAGCAACUCAAUCCCAUCUUGUAAAGAUUAGGGUUUGAGUCGUGACGGUAAAUAGACUUAAAUUCAGUUUACCAAACUGUGUACUAUAUUCAGAAGAUGAAAAGCUCUAUAGUUAUAUCUUUUUAUAGCAACAAAACUUUAAAGAAUUUAUCUGCUUUUAAAGUAGCCUAAAGUUUCUUGAUAAAGUGUAUUUAAUGAAGAGAUCCUUAUAGGUGGCAAUAGCUAUUAGUGGAUUAUCAUAGAGUAUUUUUAUAUAUAUAGAAUAUAUAUAUAUAGUAUAUGUAUAUGUAGUGUGCAGACAUAUGACUUUAAAAUAUUUGUGUAAGUAGAAAAUGGGCUUUAAUUAAAACUUUACAGACAGCCUAAUACUGUGAUGGCAGGUACCAGUUCAAUGUUCAUAUAAUCCUUCAGCAAUGGACAAUAAAUUUCAAUCUUUGUGGUAAUGUUACAAGCAAAAUCGUGAUAGGCGUUGCCAGACUGUUGAAACCAUUGAAUUUUAGAUUUUAUAUUACUAAUUACAAGUGGAUAUGCCAUAGAACUUCAAUGGGAAAAAUUAUUCUUUAUUCAGUACUGUACUUGAGUGUUGUUAACUUCAUCUCCUUAUUUGAUUCAAUAUAGUUGCGGAACAAUACUAUUUUUUUUUUAUUUUAUCCAGUGCAUGAUGGUGAAAAAUGCAUAUCCAAUGUGCCCAGUUCUGGGAAUGGCCAAGUAACUGCUGAUCUGUGUAUCUGGUUAAAAGGUUAAAAUACUAUAUUUUUAUGAACAGAUGUUAUGUGAUGUUUUCAAGAAAUUUAAGCAUCCAGUUUACAGAUACUUUGUGAGCAUCCAUUACAACAUAUACUGCAUAUAAAAUUGUAUGUUCUUAAACUGUACACUUAAAAAUUAUGUCCAAGUCUAUACAGUACACGUACAUGUUAAUCCACGAAAAACUCUUGUGCUUUCCCUUUACUAUAACAAAAAAUAAUUUUUUAAAACAUUGACUCAAAAAAGGAAAAUAAGUAUUCACCUCUAUGCAUAGUCUUGGAUUGGUGACUUAGAACGCCUGAGUGUAUGCACUAUACUUCUCUACAACCAGGAAAUAUUUCCACUCAACAUGGUAUGUUACCUGUGAGGGAAAGAUUUGUAAUAAAAAGUUUGUUGUAUGAGACUCCUGACGGUAGUAAUGUAUUUGCUAUACCAUUAGUCUUCUGUUGGUGAAGUUGAGCAACAUUACAUCUUGUCAGUAUGAGGGAACUAGACUCAGAUAUCCUCCAAUAUGUGUAGGCAGUAACAUUUAUAACCAGUGUUUGGAGACUACAAACCACCUCCAAAGAUAUCUGGGAUAUAGUGUUAAAGAAGGCCUGAGCUGUAAUGGUCAUUUGAGUGCUAGAUGGAACCCUGGAAGUUAGCUUCUCCCAAAAGAUUACAGUAUUUAUCUCCCAAAAUAUGAUAACUUGUUGCCAGUUACUAGGCUACAAAAAUGCAAUAAGAGAUUGAGGUGAGCUCAUUCUUUCUUUGAUAAGGUUACGUAACUGAAAAAUAUUCCACACGCUGUAACUAGAGUUGCUGAUUGAACCAGCAUUCACUUGCUUUAUUCUUAUUACGUAUUUACAUUUUAUACUAAAGGUUUGGCACUACUAAGUGAAAUAUAUUCCUAAUUAGCAUUAGCCUGCAGUCUGCAUAGUUUACCUUUGUCACCAGAUUUUUUUUAAAUUAAUUAUGCAAAUUGAAAGACAUACAUGCUUGGUAAAAAAUGGCAAGAAAAAGAAAAGUUAAAGAAAACAAUGUUCUGUAGUACACAUGACCUUGCUCAUUCCUAAAAGUAAAAUUAUAUAUUCCUCUUUCAAAACACUGCAAAAAUGAGCAGUCAAGUGCUCCAGUUAAUACUUCAUAGCCUUGUCUCCAUUGCCUAAUGUGAGAUUGAUGUAGAAUUUUUGAGUUACUUUAUGGCAGACUUUGAUCUGGACUGGUAUAUCCAAUACAUUAUGUCAGAGAUGAAGUUUUGGUCAUGAAACUGUAGUACAAUAUCAGGCAUUUUAAGCUCUUUUUACUGGUUGUUGUAGUGGUACUGUGCAAUAUCAAGGCAGUCACUUCUGUUUAGUAACAUUAGUGCAUUGACUUACGCCUUUUGAUAACAUAUACUUGUACUAGGUUUGAAAUCUUAGUUAUUUGGUAUACCUACCUAUAUGGUAAACAAAGUAGAAAGGUACCAUAUAUUGUAAGAAACAAUUUUCUCUAGUCAUUCAGCUAAUCUAGUAUUUUAUGCAACCAAUAUACAUACACACUGUACUUUUUAAACAAAUGCAAUUUUGAUUUAUGCAAUUUUUCUGUUAAAAAUAUAGUAUUGGUAUUGUUUCCCCAAAAAACUUUGAAAGGUGCUGUCAUUCUUUAAAUGCACAAUACUAUAUGUAAAGAUGCAGUGAAGUUUAUACAGUAUAUUGUUCAUGUACGUAUGUCGUUUUCAUUGUUUUGAUUUGAAUUUUAUUUUUAUAAAUUCCGCAAGAAAUUCUUUAUUUUAACAGACAAGUGGCGUAGUAAUGCGUAUAUUGUGAUUGUUUUGGAUGCUGGUCACUAGGCAUUUUGUUCUAUGAAAGCUUUGGUAAAGCUUCACAUGCCAAAGUUAGCCAUUAGGCUACAUGGUAACAAGAAUAAAUUAGGGAGUUAUAGGUGUGAUAAAUUGCUUCUAUGUUGUUGAUAGCUUGUGAUAAGAUCACCUUUUUAGAUGUUCUAAAUUGUUACCAAGGUGAAUGUGUGGACCACAUACUGUACUUAGAAAAGAUAAUAAAAGUUUCCAUAUCC